CACAUUACAGCUUUGUGAAGGCCUGAAGUAGAGGCGAACAGGAAAUAGUUUUAUUCUAUUUUAAUGAGCAGAAGUGCGUCGGAGGGCUGGAGUUGACUCUUGUCCUGAUAAAGAGAAGCGACAGACAGCACACAGAGAAGACUCAGCGACAGGAUCAGCGAGUGGACAUGGAUCCCAGAGGGCUGAUUGUCUUUGUGUCUCUCUGGAGCUCAGCAGUGACUGAUGACAUCAGGUUGGUGGGAGGAGCCAGCCGCUGUGCUGGUAGACUGGAGAUGAAACUCCAGGGAGAGUGGAAAUCGCCGUAUAACCCUUUCAGAAGGUUUGAGAAUAAACCAAUUGAGUCCCAUAUCGGCCUACAGCCCAUCGUUGUAGAUGGGCUACCAGUGAAUGACCAGUAUGACCCGUUUAGGAAACCACCAGUGAAUGACCAGAAUAACCAAUACGGGACAGCAUUGCAUGACCCGUAUGGGACACCAGUAGAUGACCAGUAUGAGUGGAACCUGGCAACUGCAGCUAAAAUAUGUAGACGGCUCAACUGUGGUUCUGUUGUUUCACAACGAACAAUACGAGGUUUCCCUGAUGUUCAAUGCUUGGCAGACUAUGUACACUUAUUCAAAAACCCAGACUUGUCUUCUUCCAAGUUGGAGAUCACCUGCUCAGACUCUGUCAGGCUGGUGAAUGGGACUAGUCUGUGUUCAGGCAGACUGGAGGUGAAGUCUAACCAGUCUAACCAGUCGUGGUCCUCAGUGUGUGAAGAUGACUUUGACCUGCAGGAUGCAGAGGUGGUCUGCAGGGAGCUUGGCUGUGGGGCUCCUUCAUUCCUCCAGGGGGCGCUCUAUGGAGACAUGGAGGCUCCAGUGUGGACCAAAGAGUUCCAGUGUAGAGGCCAUGAGUCUGCUCUGCUGGACUGUGAAAGCUCCCAUAGAAACACCUGCUCUUCUGGCAAAGCUGCUGGACUCACCUGCUCAGAACCUGGUGUUGUCAGGCUGGUUGGAGGAGCCAGCCGGUGUGAUGGCACACUGGAGAUGAAGCACCGGGACGAAUGGAAACCAGUGGCUGACUGGAGCCAGAACCUGAGAUUAGCAGGCGUGGUGUGUGGAGAGCUGGGCUGUGGCUUUGCUCUUUCACUCAGAAGGCAAAACCAGAUACCAAGAGAAUCUUGGGGAAUCACAUCUGACUGUAAUGCAUCUUCACUUUUGAAAUGUUUUACAGACUUUACAUAUUCCUUUACCACCACAGAGAUAACCUGCUCAGACUCUCAGACUGUCAGGCUGGUGAAUGGGACGAGUUUCUGUUCAGGCAGACUGGAGGUGAAGUCUACCCAGUCUACCCAGUCGUGGUCCUCAGUGUGUGAAGAUGACUUUGACCUACAGGAGGCAGAGGUGGUCUGCAGGGAGCUUGGCUGUGGGGCUCCUUCAGUCCUCCAGGGGGCGCUCUAUGGAGACAUGGAGGCUCCAGUGUGGACCAAAGAGUUCCAGUGUAGAGGCCAUGAGUCUGCUCUGCUGGACUGUGACAGCUCAGAUAGAAACACCUGCUCUUCUGGCAAAGCUGUUGGACUCACCUGCUCAGGUCCAGAUUAUAUCAGGUUGGUGGGAGAGCCCAGCCGCUGCGCUGGUAAACUGGAGAUGAAAAACCACAGAGAGUGGAGACAAGUGGUUGCAAUGGAUUUCAAAUGGAACCAGAUGUCUGCAGAUGCAGUGUGUCGAAAACUGGACUGUGGUUCUGCUGUUCCAACAAGUAUUUAUUACAAUGAAAUAGUUAUGGUAGAUAUACAUGGUAGAUAUUCAGCCCCUCCUGUGUGGUCAAUCAACUCGUCCUGUGUUCAGUCUAAAUCUGCACUGAAGGAAUGUGUGGUAACCGACACUACGUACAGUUCUUCUAUCCUGGAAAUUACCUGCUCAGAUUUGCUGGCUCAGCCAAACAUCUCCCCCUCUCCCUCCCCUGACGCGGUCUACAAGGCCAAGCAGCGGAGGCUCCAGGUGCUCAUGGGCUCCAUCUUCACCAUCAGGUGCUCCGUCAGACCACAGUACCCAGGAGGCUCCUUCAAGCUCAUCGUCCCCACCCCUGACCCAGCACAGAACUACACCCUGCCAGCUGUCAAUCACUCGGCCCACUUCCUGUUCUCUGCUGCAGACUCCACCCACCGAGGGGAGUACCGCUGUGUUUAUCACCUCUACGUUUUCUCCCAUAACUUCUCUUCUGAGAGCCGGCCGCUCCAUCUCACUCCUGCAGCUUCUCUAUCCGAGUUGAUCAUCAGACUUGUUGUCCUCCUGCUGGGUAUGAUGUCACUCAUCACUGCCCUCUGCGUCACCUCGAAGGCCAGCAGAAAACACAAGCUGAGACGAGUGAAGAACAGUGAGAUUUAGGAUCGUGUUCUCGUGGGCUCCAGGUCUGAAGGCCAGAGAGGAUGAAGUGGCCGUAGCCCAGAGGGAAAGAGAAGCAUCUCCAGGGUGCUCCUUAAACAUUCAGAUAAAAAAACAGUCAAAAAUAUUAGACAGAGGUUAUCUGCACACUCAGACUAAGAAGAGUAACUUUUCUACCCGCUGAAAAAAGUUUGUAACUGACUAAUUUCAUGUUUUUUUUAAACACAUUUGGAAGUGGUUUAAAGGCUCUGAGACACCAACCCUCAAGAAACUGAUACCAUUUUACAAUAAAAUAUGCAAUUUAACAUAAUUCAGGACCAUUAUUAUUAUUAUUAUCAUAUACUGUAUGUGUCUACAACAUUGGAAAAGCUAGAGCACAUUCAGCUUAGGUGCUGCCCUAAACGGCUUGGGUAUAACGGCUAGGAAAACUGUAAAUGCAUCAGUGAAUCAAAGAUGCUGGUAAUCUUUACACCCCCCCCAUGUGUAACUGCUAGAGUUCUGCACGGACCUUAAAUGAGACCCAAACCCGGCCCAGACCUAUGUGGUUCUCUUGAACCUGAUCAGAGACAGAUGCUGUAUUUUAAGGUUUUCUUUCUUCAAAGACAAAAGUUAUAUGCUUGCUUUGUAAUACCUGUCAACCACUAAUAUAUAUAUUAUUUUUGAUAUUUUACACAUUAUACUCAGCUUCAUAUUUUAACUUUGCGCUAUUUUAAGUUUUGGAUUCUCUUUUCUUUAAUGAUUUUCUUUUUAAACACAUUUAAUGAGCGUUAUUGGAGGCAGCCUGAGAUCUAAGAAUUUCAUUUCAGUGAUUGCUUUUCUGUAAUUGAUGUACAUAUGACAACAUGACUAAUUAAAGGCUCUCUUACACAUCGUCGCUGUCGGGCGAAAACCUUGUAUGUCCAAAACUGUUGCUUUUCAGGAAUUUAAAAAAAAUACUAAUUUGAAGACAUUUUAUUGAGCUACUUACCUUUGAAAAAAAAGUCAGAUAAAACUGCCUCAUCGCUGUUUAAAUAUUUGUAAAAACCCACAGACAGACUGACAGACAGACAUAAAGGGGGACAGAACGCUUUAUAAAAAUAUAAGAUACAAGGUUUCUGCCUGGCAGCGACAAUAUACAGAAUACCAAAUUUAUAUUAUUAAUAACAUUUUAUUACUAGUGAGUAGUAGAACAGUUAAAUAAUAUAUAUAAACACAAUUAUUCUCACUUUUUUGUUUGGUUUAUCACUGAUGCUGAUUUUUAGUUUAAUAAACUUUAAUACAAAAGUCA